CCGGGGGAGGCGAGGGGGCGUGGCCUCCGGCGGCGGGAGGGGCGACGGCAAGGGGGGCGUGGCUUCGAGCCCCCCCCACCCGCGGGCGCAGCGUUUCCAGCCGGAGCGGUUGCGCUGCGCGUGGGGUCGGGGCCGCCAUGUCGCGGCUGCACCGGAGCAGGAUCGCGGAUUUCCAGGAGGUGCUCGGCGAACCCACGGUGGCUCUGGGCAAGCUUCGCGAUCUCUGCUUCAGCGGGAUCCCGUUUGACGGAGGGCUGCGCUGCCUCUGCUGGAAGAUCCUGCUGAACUACCUCCCCUUAGAGAGGGCCCUAUGGAGCUCUUUGCUGAAGAAGCAGAGGGAUCUGUAUUCCCAGUUCCUAAAAGAAAUGAUUAUUCAGCCUGGGAUCGCCAAAGCCAACCUUGGUGUUUCAAGGGAAGAUGUGACCUUAGAGGAUCACCCCCUCAAUCCGAACCCAGACAGUCGGUGGAAUACCUACUUCAAGGACAACGAAGUGCUCCUCCAGAUAGACAAAGACGUCAGGAGGCUGUACCCCGACAUGGCAUUCUUCCAGCGCCCGACCGACUACCCCUGCCUUUUGAUCCUGGAUCCCCAAAAUGAGUUUGAGACGCUGCGCAAGCGGGUGGAGCAGACCACACUCAAGUCACAGACGGUGGCACGGAACCGCAGCGGGGUUACAAAUGUGAGCUCCCCUCUUAAAUCGUCUCCUAACUCUCUGAGUGAGUACGAAGUUCUGCCCAAUGGCUGCGAAGCUCACUGGGAAGUGGUGGAGCGAAUCCUUUUCAUCUAUGCCAAGCUGAACCCCGGGAUAGCCUACGUUCAGGGGAUGAAUGAAAUAGUGGGGCCCCUUUACUACACCUUUGCUACAGAUCCUAACAGCGAGUGGAAAGAACACGCUGAAGCUGACACGUUUUUCUGCUUUACCAACCUCAUGGCUGAAAUCCGGGACAACUUCAUUAAGAGCCUGGAUGACUCUCAGUGUGGUAUAACCUACAAAAUGGAGAAGGUCUAUUCCACCCUGAAGGAAAAGGACGUGGAGCUGUAUUUGAAGCUGCAAGAGCAGAACAUCAAACCGCAGUUCUUCGCCUUCCGCUGGCUGACGCUGCUCUUGUCCCAAGAGUUCCUGCUGCCCGACGUCAUCCGUAUCUGGGAUUCCCUCUUUGCUGAUGACAAGCGCUUCGAUUUUCUGCUACUCGUGUGUUGUGCCAUGUUGACACUAAUCCGGGAUCAGCUGCUGGAAGGGGACUUCACUCUCAACAUGAGGCUGCUACAGGAUUAUCCUAUAUCUGAUGUUCACCUGAUUUUGAAGAAGGCCAAGGAACUUCAGGAUUCCAAAUAGCCCAUGAGCCUGACUAAAGGUGUUGGAGAAACUGUAUGGCAGUGGAUCUUAGGAGAUGGCCCCGUGCAGAGCAUUAAAACUCCUGGGGAUCUCUGCAGGACUUCAGGUUUUGCAUUUGGGCUGCUGGCCAUCUUGAAGACUUCCUUCUACUCUAUUUAUUAGGUCAAGGACUGAUUACUUCCCUAUCUGCUUGGGUCCUGCACUUCAGAUUUUUCAGCUCUCAAAUGCCUCUCUGCUGCCAAAAGCAGGUCUUUGUAUCUUUUUUAAUGACUUUACACGGAGAAAGAAACCAUCUAUCUGCAUAUCCCUCAAGGGGUGGAUUCCUUCUGCAUCAUGGAAGUAGCUCACGUGGAGUUCCUUCUGAUGGGGAAGGGACAGGCUGGAUCCAGUGGAUUUUGGUGGGUGAGUAUGGAAGGAUCUUUCUCCUGUGAACAGAACGUAUCCCAGUGAAGUCACACGUUCUGCCAUUCAAGUAGCUUCUGGAUUCUUCUCCCUCAUGUCUGCACUUGGCCGUCCCUGGGGUGUGCAAAAAAAGAAGGUUGUGUCAGCUUCUGGUGAGUGUCAUCUGGCAUCCAGCAUUUUGGACCCCGUCUCAUGGGAAAGACUUUGAGGAACUGUGAUGGGAAGUCACAAUAACAGCUGGCAGCUUUGUGCACUGAAGCUGCCUGCAUCGCCUCACUACAGAGGUCUCCUCGAAGGAAGACUGCGGUGGUUUUCAUCUAUGAGUGAAGUGUAGUGUGAAGUCAAGCCUUAUGACACGAAGCCUUAGAGCAGGAGUGUUGCUGCAGGGAGGCUGGGGCCUCAGGCUGCUUUCCUGGCUCGAACUGGAGUGUAUCUAGCUGCAAUCCGGAUUCUGAAUCACAAGAAAUGGGCGUCUAGUUGCAUGAAGACAGCUCUACUUAGGGUCUUAACACAGGCAUGGCACUGGGGUUUCCUGCCUCAGUGGCUUGCAUAGUAUAUUACCCCGCAUAAGCUCUGGUCAUGGUAACCUCGAUAUUAUCUCAUAGUACUUCUUGCCAGGAACAGACACAUUACAGGUCUGACCUACAAGAAAGGGACUCUUUUAUGGUGUAAUCCCAUGGGCAUACAAGCAUUUCAGUCAUUAGCUGACUCCUGGGACUAAUCCACAUUUCUGUGCACCGGUCCCCCUGGAGUAGCAGUCAUGAGUUGGACAGUUGUCCCUCCUGAGGGGGAAACCGCUGCAUUUCAGUACAGUACUACAGGCUCAGGUGGGCAUUGAGCAAGACAAACUGUGGAAAGAACUGUUAACCUGCCAGUCCUGUCAAGCUGAUCAGAAACCAUAAGCCUCAAAGAGAGAAACUGCCAGCGCCCAGGUGCUCAGGUUGUGCGGAAGCUCUCGAGUGAACACUAAUCCAGCGUGCUUUACCCUCCUGUGCUGUGCUGGCUCGUCUCUGCGUAGCUGUUCAACACUGCAGUUCUCAGUAUUUAUGGGUAUUGAUUUGUUAAAGGUCAGUCAUCUGCUUAAGCUGCUGGUGGCCUCGAGCAGCCCUGAGGAGAGGGGUGUUGUCAGCCUUCAGCUGUUCUACCCGUGUUACUUCCUUCAGGGAAGGCCACUUCUUUGCAGGCUGCUGUCAUUUUAUAAGGCUGGGCGGGAGGAUGGGUUGGUGCACGUGCCUCUCUUCUUGUUAGCAAUCCCAAGCAAUGUCUGCCUCUUUGGAAGAUGCUGGAGUGAUGCUGGUGCAGCUGGUGUCACUGCAGUGAUGGAACAUGAGCAACUGAAAGCUUAUAACAAUCUGAUUAGUACCUGCGGCUAACAGCAUCACUCUCUGCUGCAAUCCUUUCUAUAGGGUAGAGUUUUCCUCCAAGAAAAAUGAAAGGGGUGGAUGAGGACAGCUGUGUGUUGGGGCGUGCUGUGUGCUCUAGCCGCUGCGUGGAUGUUCUCCUGCCUUCUGUCACUGAGCUCCUCUUGCUGUUGGGUGCCUUGCACGAGAGGCCGGUGGUCACACCUGUAUGGCUGAACUGCCAGCUGGCAGCCAUGCGUGUGGAUCCGGAGAGUCUGACCCUCAGUAGGGUUCGCUUCCUCCAAAACGCUUUCUCUCCCAAGGUGUUGCUGUAGCUCUCAUUCAUUCCAUGCACAAUCUCCUCAUGCUGUCCAUUUCAGGUCCCUGUAGAAACGCUUCCUCUGUGUUCUCUUUGGUAGUGGGCAGCAGUGAGGGUUCCCGCUCUGAAUAACCGCAGUUCUCCUUAAAAUGACCUGAGAAGGUGAACAGGGAUCAAAACAUUACUUGUUUUCAGGGUCGUGUGCAGGCCCUGCGCUUGGCCUCUGCUGCGGUGCCAGCUGUGAGGCGGGCAUGGGCUGCGGCACCGCAGGAGGGCCUGGUGCACGGCUGCCACCUCCUCCUUUCAGUGUGUCACAGGGCUUAUAUCGUGCUGUUCUGUUUAGGGGGUGAUGGGGAGCUCUUCUUUUAAAAGGAGUUUGCAGUGGGAUGAGAGCUUUGGCUGCUGAAGAGGUUUUGUGGGAUAAAUUCUGCAGCUUUGUCCAGGUGGGCCUGUGGCUGCUCAACUGGUUAAUUCGAGUUCUUCCCUGGGGAGAACUCAUAACAACUUUGAUGCACCUCAGCAGGCCGGAUCCUACGUGAAGAGCUGUUGCACGUCUCUCCUUAGCCCCUCCUGUGCGGUAGGACUUGGUUCUGCUGCUGCAGAGGGCUUUGGAGGAGCUGCUCUACUUUGUAAUGACUUGGGCCAUCUGUUUCGUUCUUCUGAGACUUGUUCAUUUCUUUAAGAGCAAAAAUGGAUUUUGUGGGGGGAGGAGGGGGAGAGGAAAGUCCUGUCACCAGCUUUUCAAUUUCCUCGUUAGUUUCCAGGUCUUCAUUCCUCAAAAGCUGUUGGUGAUGAUUUUAUUUUUUUGAAGUCGGGAAGCAUUAACUAGCUCGUGGUUGUUCCUUGUGCGGCCAAGCAGCUCCUGCCCCUCCACCCUGCAGACGUUUCCACCACUGAUUGCUUUCAGCCCUGACGUCCCUGGGAGCAGGAGGGCCGCUGCCUUCCCCUUGCUGUAGCCUGGACGUGCAAAAGUUUGGCUUUGGUGAUGAGGUAGAAGGGAAGGGAUACCAGAGAUGGAAUCUGUGGUGAUGGUCACACACACAGCACUGAUUUGGAGUUUGAAUUCUGUGACCUAGCAGAGUUGCUCACCCUUUGGCAGGGAGUGGGAUGAAGGCCAGAAGUUGGUUUGGGGGAGUCUGUGGGAAAGCAGAGGCUGUUUUCCCCCUGUGAGUGCCAGCGAUGGGAUUCAGCCGCUUGGUGUGUUCUUCUGAAAUGCCCUUUCCCAAGAGGGAGAGGAGCGCACUCGGUGGUACAUCAGAGUAACACUUAUUUUUGCUUUUGUUUUUACCUUGGCUGGAAAGAAUCGCCAGAACAGGGUCGAGAGAACACUUCAUCACUCCGAAACUACUUUUAUGCUUCUUUUUAAACACUAUUUUUAUAACGCUCCCUGUAGCCCAGCGGGCGGUUGCGUGCAGGCAUCCCGCAGUGCCGGGCCGUGCUCGGGGCGCAGCUCGGCGCUGUGGGCAGGGCAGGGGCAGGGGGCGCUCACUGCGCUGGGUUUGGGGCCCGAGCUGGGCCGGCUCCGUCCGCAGCGCUCAGCGCGGGGUCCGCUGCGGCUGCCUCGUUAACUUCUGCUCUUUCUUUUUGUACUUAAUCCUGCGAGAGCCCGUCACGAGACCCUCCGUGUCUCUCAUUUAAUGCUGUUUUUGAGUUGUCCAAAUAAAAUGGUUUCUUCGCA